GUCUGCUCUUUACAGUGUGAAGGGUCCCUGUCAUCUGUUACAGAGUGGGAACGGUGUGAAGCAAUCCUUUCUCCUUUUGGAAGCACUCUUGAAAUCUCCAAAAGGGAACAGGAGCGAGUACCCACCUCUGCAGAUUCUCAAGAGGUGCCAGAGAAACGCUACGGAGGGUUUAUGAAAAAACUGGAUAAGAACAAGUUCUUCUUCAGCUCUCCAAAACGCAAGGCCUUUGGCGGUCUCCUACGCAAGUAUGGAGAGAGAGACAUCAUGGAAAUAGCUGACCCAGAUCAGGAAACGGAGAUCAGUGAGGAAUCAGAAGAGCACAACCAAGCAUGGAGCACAAAGGAUGAGAAAAAGCGUUAUGGGGGCUUCCUACGCAAGUACCCCAAGAGAAGUUGGGAGAAUGGACAGGGUGCAGACGGAGUAGAAACCGAGCAUGGAGUGGCAGAACUUCAGAAACGCUAUGGUGGGUUCAUGCGCAGGAUCCGGCCCAAGUUAAAGUGGGACAAUCAGAAGAGGUAUGGUGGAUUUCUCAGGCGUCAGUUUAAGGUCAUAGCAAGAUCAGAAGAGGAGCCCAGCACCUUUUCAGGGGAGUUGUCUGAUCUUUAA